AUGCUACGGGUACCACAAGUUGCUAAUGAAGGUCAAAUCGACGCAAACACAGGUUUUAAUAACUUACAUAAUGACGCAAAUAGCCAGAAUGCAUUGAACACAAGGUACCAAAUGCCUGAAGAUUCUGCCAAUUUCGAAUUCAAUCGAGAGCCCUUAAAACCUAGAAAGGUUUAUCGAAUUAAAAAUCCAUUCCAAAAUCAAGAGGAAAACGCUCACGAUAACAGCAAUUCACAAGACAGUGACACGUCAGCGAGCAAUCAGUAUGCCGGCAUGCAGUACUCUUUACCACCCGAAGAAUUCUUACAACAAAUGAGAGCAGAGAAUCAGUACCACCAGCAACAGCAGCAACAGCUGUCCACGCAACCUUCUGUUUACUCUUACACAGCUACCCCCCAACCCCAGUUCUUGUAUUCUACAAUGACUGCAGCAAACUAUGCUAACCAGCCCAAUCAAAAUAUACAAGAACAAAAAUCAUUAAAUUAUUAUAAUCCCAAUGUAAAUUCAUUUCAAUUUAACAAUGCUAAUACGUAUGGUUUAGAUGCUACUGUUAGUACACCAGCACCGACAUAUUUGUCAACUUCAAGUAAUCAGUACAUGGGUACUCCAGCAAAUACAUAUAUAUCUAGUCCCUCCCCUAUGUAUAUCACGAAUUCACCUAAUCUUCAACCGACAUAUGUAUCUUCUCCAUAUUCAAACACUCAGACUGGCACUGUAGACUAUAAUACAAAUAAAGACACAACUAUAGGACACAACACGCUAAACUAUGAUAAUAAUAAUAUCUACAAUAAAAAAGUUCAGUUAGACCACUACAGUAACUCAGGAAAUGCAAUGAGAUAUCCAGCUAACGUACAAUACCAAAGCUAUCCAUCAUCGACAACAUCCCCUGUUUCUUCUUCUUAUUCAGAAGAUUCGAGAGAUAACUGGGGAAAUGCUGCCACUAAUUACAAUAAUGGUGUUUUACAUAAAUCCACGCAAGAUAUACCUGUAGCACAAUAUUCAACAAAUCCCCAUUACCGACUGGCUAAUAAUCAAGACGACUAUAAACAUGAGGCAAAUUAUGACAAUGUUAAUCAAGAUAGCCAACGUUACAAUACUUUAAGUACUAACAACAUGUAUUAUAGUUAUAUCCAGCCGCAAAACCAAAUCAAUAAUUUAAAAAGUCACGCUAGAGAAGUUGACCAACAAAUGGGACAAACAGCAACGUAUUCACAUGGAGAUUAUGGAUGGAAACUUGACAGAAAGCCUACAUAUGGGUCUGAAAUAUCAACGGCUGGCUAUUCCGGAUAUCAAAAUAAUAAUGCAAAAUCAGAUAAUGAAGCAAUUAGCCAAGUAAGUUUUCACAUGGAUACAAGUAAACCAUAUAAUUAUAAUCAAAUAUCAAAGUCUAGUUCGGAGAAAUUAGAAGCAGAUGACUUUGUUAGAGCGGUCACCAAGGCUCAUGAUAGUUAUAAACAGCAACUAGAACUUAAUCGAAUUUCAAAUGGACAGUACAGUAAUAAUGCAUACACAAACACAGAUUUAAUCAAUUCUUACUACGCAAACACAGAGAGGAAUAACAACAAACCCGAUAGUUCAAAUAACAACGCAUUUAUAAAUGGGAAUUCUCAGCCUGAUUAUGUGACUGCAUCGCCUUACUACGCAAGAGAAAACUAUUUGGAAAAUAAACCUAAACAAAUAUUUGAUCAUGAUAAAGCUAUAAAAAAUAUUGUACCAAUAGAUGUAUCUAAUGUUGUACAAAAUUCUAACGCACAAUUAAAGUCAAGCAUUGGUAUUGAUUCAAAUGAUAAAUUUUCGCACAACAAAGAACAAUACAAUCGUCCUACAAGUGAAACAUAUUAUAAAGAUAAAAACAACGUUUACACCUUUAGUAUAAAGUCUCAGCCAGAAGAUUAUCAAUCCCUUUCAGAUAGACUAAAGCAAUUGGACCUAUCUCCACAACAGGGAAAAUCUUCAGACACAUUUUUGAGCUACAACAGUUUGACAAAUAAUAAGCGAUAUGUUGACGAUUCAUUGCAAUCAAAAAAUUAUGGAAAUCUAAACCCUAGUAACUCAGACAAUCUUCAAACGUCAGGAAAUAUUCAACAAACCAGUUUACAGCGAAAUCAACUACCAUCAGAUUUAGCUGCGUUGCUUAAAUUUAAUGAUAUACCAUUACGGCUGACUCAACAUCUAAAUCCUGAUACAUUGAGACUCCCAGGAAACAAUUUUGAUAUGGAAAACUUACCGAAUCCUUUGCCAGUAAGACUUAAUCAAAACAUUGAGCAACAUCAUGUUGACGUAGCAUCUGAUAUCAUAAGUAAAAUAUUAGCUGCAAGACAAAGCACUAAUAAGCAAGAACCAGAUGUACAACCUAAUAACCAGUUUUCCACUAUACAUGGGUUUAAAGUUGCUAACCCAUUUAACAUUGACCUAAAAUUAGUCUCAGAUAUGCUUAAGGGAAAACCUGUCGUUGACGAAAGCCAACUAAGCUCAGUUCGCGAUCAAUACAGUAAACCAGUUCCUAUUAAGUUUGAUUUGCAGCAAAUACAACAACUACUUUUAAAAAACGAAAACGGAAAUAGCCUCAGUAGCUUAGGAAUUAUUCCCAAUUCAUAUUUUGAUAUGUACAGUAGUAGUCGGUAUCCAUACCAAGGUAGUAAAUAUUCACGAAGUGAAGAAGAACCAGAAAAUAUACCAAUAGCAGAAUCAUCAAAUUCUCAUUUAAUCGGCGCUGUAGUAGAAGAAAUGGGACAAGACACAACAGAGACAACGGCCACAGAUGACGAUGUGGAAGCAAAUAACGAAGAUGAUAGGACUAUAAAGCCUUUUAACACACAACACAGAAUGAUGGGCGAAAGAUUUAGGCUUUCCAAUAAUUUGGGGCGUCAUAUGUAUCAAAGAAAAUUUCCCAAAACUAUGAUUGAUCAGCCUUACCCUGUUCUAAAGCCGCCUCAUAAAUCUCGUAGUAAACUGCACUCCAUAGACAAAAUUAAUAGAAAAAGACGUAUCAAUAAACCUAAACAUUUGAGAAUCUUUAAGACGGAGCCACUUUUUGAAGCUAACACAUCGUUGGAAGACGAUUUCCAACCAGCUGUUUCUACCUUACUAAAACCACCUCCAGUAAUGGAGGACAAAUCAGACGUAGUUGAUGAAGAACAAUCGGGAAUAGAGGGCACACCAUAA